AUGUCAACGGGGUCACCGGUGUCCGGCGUGGAUACAAUUUCAUCGAUAUCGCAUGGACACAGCCAUGGACAUGGACAUCGACCCAGCCGUGGUCGCGGCCACGGUCAUUCUCGCUCGAAUCGGUGGUCGCACGGCCCCAUUUCUCACUCGGUGUCCUCAUUUGACGCCUCGACGAUUACACAACCGCUGUCGCAGUCUGUGACAGCUUCUGAUAUCUCCAAUGGCUCGCCGCCUAGCAAACACUGGCAUGGACACCAGCAUACGCACUCCCAUGCCUCGUCGAUCCAUGAGAACGGAUGGGCGGGUGUGAACCACGUCGAUGCGUUUCACACACAUACCCCUAAACAUAGCCACGCCGGCAGUAUUACGGGAUUGACACCGGAUACGCCCUUAGUAUCUGCGGACCCUGAGCCGACGACCGUUUACGAGGGAUUUACCGGGAUUCUAGCAGCGCUUCCGUGGAUCGCCGUGUCGUGGUAUUACCAGCAGUACGUACAAUGGGAAUCUCCGGUGCCGGUGCCUGGUGAGGAUGCUAGCGACGAUACCUGGACAGCUGCCAGCAGUGGACGGUUAGACCACACCGCGCAGAGGGCUGGUUUCCUGGCUGCCGCAACGAUGGUUGUACUCGGAUGUACGCAGGCGAUUCAGCUUGUCCAACGCGGUGACUCGACGCCAACCAUGCCUAAAAUCGGCCCCAACGAAAUCCGCAGUUCCCUUGGGAAGGUGUGCUCUAUCGCGUUGCCGAUUUAUGCCUCCUUGAAAAUAGGCGGGUUUCUGGUCGCAUUCGCUCUGUUACUUGCGACUGCAACUGGUCUCCCGACAAUCAUUCCGGGCAACAAUCCUCAGCCUGGCAACCAGGGCCGGCUGAUGCAGAAGAAGCCGACGGUGGGUGUUAUUUUGGCGGUCGUUGCUUUCAGUUUUCUGGGCAUGAAUACGUCUUGGGACACGGAGCCUUUUCUGGGCUAUUCAUCCUUGUUACUGUCGGUCUUCGUCAUCCGCCCUCCUUUCUCCGCCUCUACAUCCUCAGUUUCGACUUCAACUUCGGGCCUCGGUAUCUCAGUGCCUGGAAGUAGCGUUGACUCCAAAUCGGCGUCUGCGAGUGCCUCUCCAGUUACCUCUCUAGAAGAAGCAGUUCUCACUGCUGGCACAGGUCUACUCCUGGCAGUGGCAACUGCGAUUACUUCCAGAGGCAUGUCAUUUCAAGCCAUGGACUUUGUGUAUAUACUUUUGACCGCAGGCGCGUUUGCGGUCUCCUUGAUUUUUCUAAUCCCGAGCAACUUGCGCUCCCCACACAAGAUCGGCCUUGCCAUCGGGACGGGCACUGCAUCCCUGUUGUGCGCACCGCCUAUGCGCGACGGUAUUUAUCUAACCUACAUCUCCCGGGGUAUCCUGGCCGCGCUUUCAUUCCCAGCCGCCCGGUUUGAUGACAAGCACUUGCGCCUCGGAACCCAUUCUCACAAUCAUCACCAUCAUUCCCACCACGGCAAGGAUGAGUCACGAAUAACGAAAUUAAUCAUCCGGUAUAGCGAGCCGUAUCCCCUGUUGUACAGCAUCCUCAAAGAGAGUGACUCGCGACGCAUCUUCUAUUUCAUGACUCUUAAUUUCGCUUUUAUGCUUGUCCAACUAUCUUAUGGCUUCAUUACCGGGUCAUUAGGCCUGCUCAGCGACAGUAUCCAUAUGUUUUUCGACUGCCUCGCGCUAGUGGUUGGCCUUUGUGCAGCUGUCAUGAGUAAAUGGCCGCCCAGUGCGAGAUUUCCCUAUGGCUACGGCAAGGUAGACACCUUGUCGGGGUUUGCCAAUGGCAUCUUCCUUAUGAUCAUUAGUAUUGAAAUUAUCUACGAGGCGGUGGAGAGACUCUCGUCUGGCAGUCAGAUGCACCGCCUGGGCGAGCUUCUCGUCGUGAGUGUUGCAGGUCUCCUCGUGAACCUUGUCGGUAUCAUGGCCUUCGAUCAUGCCCAUCACCAUCAUGGACAUGACCACGACCACUCUCACGGAAAUGAGAACAUGCACGGCAUCUUCCUCCACAUCCUUGCCGAUACUCUCGGAUCUGUGGCCGUUGUUAUCUCGACCGUUCUGGUCCACUACUCGGGCUGGGCCGGAUACGACCCUAUUGCCUCUUGCAUGAUUGCCAUUUUGAUCUUUGCGUCCGCUAUCCCUCUUGUCAGCAGCACUGCUAAAUCGCUGCUUCUCACUCUUCCGGCGGACGUGGAAUACAACGUUCGCGACACUCUAGGUGGUGUGAGUAACUUGAGGGGCGUUGUGGGAUACACUGUCCCCAAGUUCUGGUUAGACGACACGGCAGCCUCAGGCGAUGAUCAUCAUCACCAUGGUCACAGCCACGACCAUAGUCACGACCAUACCCAUGGCCACACCCACGAUGACUGUCAUGACCACGGCCAUUCACAUAGCCAUCACGAUCACUCGCACCCCCACUCUCACGACCAUAGUCACUCUCAUGAUCACGACCACGACCACGACCACGAAAAGACCAACCCCAACGUCCUCGGCGUUAUCCACGUCAUCGCGUCUCGCACCGCAGAUCUCGAAGAUGUCCGACAACGAACCGUCGACUUCCUCCGGGAAAAGAAGAUGGAUAUUCUGGUCCAGGUCGAACGCGAAGGCGACGGACGAUGCUGGUGUGGUGGUGGAAAUAAAAUAUCCUGA